AAAACUGAUUCUAUGGUUGACGAAAAAUAUUCCUUAUUAGUAAAUCAAACAUUUGAUAAUUUUUUAGAUUAUCAAAGCAUUGAUCCAGAAAAAAUUAGUGAAGCAUAUAGACCAGAAAUUACACCAAUUGUAGCUAGAUUGAUAUUAUUAGCAAAUGGUGUGGUAAUAUGUAGUAAUGACACUUUGCAGGAUCUAUUUUGCGGCUACCCGUAUAGAGACAAUCAUUGUGAUGAUACUGCUGGUGACCUCCAUAGAGUUUGUGGUACUAAAAUUACAAGAUUCUGUUCAAAUAUUACUGAUAAGGAUUUUUGUUUGAAUUCUGAUGUGAUGUGUUUAAUACAUAAUGCUAACUUCCGAUGUCCUCAAGUCGAAAAAAUCGAAAAAUAUGGAAUCAACAUAAUUGAUCUUUGUGAUACUACUGUCCCUUGGGCUCUUCCUUUAAGUAAUGAUUGGG